UCGGAGUGUUUUAUCAGGUGCUCCGCUAUUUCCAGUGAACUCGACACUCGUCUAUUAUUAUAUAUAAAUUGUAUAAUAUUUAAAAUCAUUUAUAGUUAAUAUCUCUACCUCAGAUUAACAGCAAUGGCAGGGAACUUUUGGCAGAGUUCACAUUAUCUGCAGUGGGUUCUGGAUAAGCAGGACCUUCUGAACGAGCGUCAGAAAGACCUCCAGUUCCUCACAGAGGAGGAGUACUGGAAGCUGCAGAUAUUUUUCGCCAAUGUGAUCCAGGCUUUAGGAGAGCACCUGAAGCUCCGACAGCAGGUCAUCGCCACAGCUACUGUUUACUUCAAACGCUUCUACGCCAGGUACUCUCUGAAGAGCAUAGACCCGGUGUUAAUGGCUCCUACCUGUGUGUUUCUAGCAUCUAAAGUAGAGGAAUUCGGCGUUGUUUCAAACACCCGUCUUAUUUCUGCAGCCACGUCUGUGUUGAAAACGCGGUUCUCCUACGCCUUCCCUAAAGAGUUUCCAUACCGAAUGAACCACAUCUUGGAAUGCGAGUUCUACCUGCUGGAGCUGAUGGACUGCUGUCUUAUUGUGUACCAUCCUUACAGACCUUUACUGCAGUAUGUACAGGACAUGGGACAGGAGGACAUGCUCCUCCCGCUAGCAUGGAGGAUCGUGAACGACACGUACAGGACAGACCUGUGCCUGCUCUACCCUCCCUUCAUGAUCGCGCUGGCGUGUUUGCACGUGGCAUGUGUAGUGCAGCAGAAGGAUGCCCGGCAGUGGUUCGCUGAGCUCUCUGUGGAUAUGGAUAAGAUCCUGGAGAUUAUCCGAGUAAUCCUGAAGCUGUACGAUCAGUGGAAGAACUUCGACGACCGUAAAGAAAUGCCUACCGUGCUAAACAAGGUGCCGAAGCCCAAGCCACCGCCCAACAGUGAGAAUGACCAGAGCGCUAACGGAAAUCAGAGCAGCUCCUACAGCCAGUCCUAAAGCUCCCCCUGUUGGAGCAGACAGGAAUAUGGACACAGAGAGCCCUGCCCCCCCCCCCCCCCCAAACAUACACACAUGCACACAGCACACCAUGGAUUCACGGCUCAAGUCAAAAUAUGAGGAACAGUAGAUGCUUGUGCCAGUGUGUGGAGCCAAUUCUUUAUGUACGAUAUGGACGCACAGUGCUGGUGUCUUUGUUAUGGCUCUCACAACUUGGCUUCAAACACACACAUGGAAACACACCCUUGUCUGUGAGGUGUGUUUUAAUUGCGUUGCUCUUGAUGAGCCUAACUUUCUUGGAAGAAAAAAGAAAAAACUUGAUCAUGUUUCUUAUUGUGUGUGUGUGCGUACCUCUUGUUGACCAUAUCACAGUUUGCAUUCCUCAGGGAAACGGCUCUUAAACAAAAUGACCACAGGGCUAUACGAUGGUGAUCUUCUCGGACCUUGUACUGUGUACUCACCUCCUGCUCAGACAGUUCUCCUUUGGUUUAGGCAUAGCCACUGUGAACGAAUGCGUACAGGUUGUUUCCUUUAGAAGUGCUCGUUUAUUGUUUUCUCGCAAAUCUGCAGUUGUAAAUAUGCUUUGUAAAUGUAUAUGGAAAAAUAAAAAUCUAAAAUCUUCAAGCUCAUUUAGUUUGAAUUUAUUACACUUGGAUGUGCAUAUACCCGAAUCUGUGUUUUUUUUUAAUUUUUUUAUUAUUAUUAUUAUUAUAAAAAUUUUUUUAUUUGAUUUUAUAUACUCAUUUCUUUAUGAUGUCUCAACUUAAAUGCUUUCUAGAUAUACUUUUUUAAAAUUUUUAUUAUUUAAAAGCAUCAGCUGCGUUUAACGCAUCACACGUUUCUUCCUAAUCUGUAUUUCUUCAAAUCCUAUUAUUAAACAUUUCUGGAUGUU